AUGAUUCGCGAUCUUGGGCAAGAGGGGUUUCAACAGGCACAUACAGCCUUGUAUGACAACAUAGAAAUUGAUUCGAAGAAGCCUUUGUAUGAUGGCUGCACAUCUUUCACCAAGUUGUCUGCUGUGUUAGCUCUGGUUAACUUGAAGGCACGAUUUGGGUGGAGUGACAAGAGUUUCAGUGAGCUGCUGAUGUUGCUGAAAAACAUUCUUCCUGCAGAUAACGUUUUGCCAAAGAAUCACUAUGAAGCAAAGAAGAUUUUAUGUCCAGUUGGGAUGCAGCAUGAAAAAAUCCAUGCCUGCUGUAACGACUGCAUUUUGUACAGAGAUGAAUUUGCUGAACUUGAUUGCUGCCCGGUGUGCGGGGUAUCAAGGUACAAAUUGAAGAACGGGGAUUCUAGUGUACAUCCAAUUGCCGGCAACCCACGUCUAGCAAAGGUGUGUUGGUAUCUCCCAAUAAUACCAAGGUUGAAGCGGCUGUUUGCUAAUGGCGAAGACGCUAAAAACUUGAUAUGGCAUGCAAAUAGCAGAAAAUCAGAUGGAUUGCUACGACAUCCUGCAGAUAGUCCGCAAUGGAAGGCAAUUUAUUGUUUGUAUCCUGACUUUGGGGCCGAGCCUAGAAAUGUAAGGCUUGGUCUUGCAACGGACGGAAUGAACCCAUAUGGCAACUUAAGCACUAACCAUAGCUCGUGGCCCGUUUUGCUGUUCAUUUAUAAUCUCCCUCCGUGGUUGUGCAUGAAGCGAAAGUAUGUAAUGCUAAGUAUGAUGAUACCUGGUCCACGACAGCCAGGUAAUGAUAUUGACGUAUAUCUAAGACCAUUAAUUGACGAUUUGCGGAAAUUGUGGGAAGAAGGGGUUCAUGUAUGGGACGCAAAUCUGCAGCAGUCUUUUUUGUUGCGUGCCAUGAAUACUAGUUUCCGCCAACUUAAACAUGGAAAGAAGACUGUAUAUACCAGGCACCGCAGAUUUCUCAAACCUUACCAUCCGUAUCGACGACUGAAAAAGGCAUUUGAUGGAAGUCAGGAACAUGAAACAGCGCCAGAUCCAUUAAAUGGGAAUCAAGUUUAUGACCGGGUGAAGGAUGUUGUAAAUAUGUUUGGCAAAUACCAGAAAAAACCAUCAUCUUAUGCAUACAUGUGGAAAAAAAAGUCUAUUUUCUUUGAUCUUCCAUACUGGCAGACAAAGGAUGGUUUGAAGUGUCGGCAAGACUUGGUUGACAUGGGUAUACGUCAGGUGUUGCAUCCUGUCUCAAAAGGUCCACAGACAUAUCUCCCCCCAGCAUGUUACACAAUGUCAACUGCGGAGAAGAGAAGUUUUUGUCAAUGUCUGCGUAGUAUCAAAGUCCCACAAGGAUACUCUUCAAACAUCAAGAGCCUUGUGUCUGUGAUUGAGCUUAAGUUGGUUGGCUUGAAAUCGAAUGAUUGUCAUGUGUUAAUGCAACAACUUUUGCCUGUGGCAAUUCGCGGGACGUUGCCUGAAAAGGUCUGUGUUGCAAUUACUCGCCUCUGUUUCAUAUUUAAUGCUAUAUGUGCGAAGGUCAUUGACCCUAAACAGUUAGAUGAUUUGGAAAAUGAGGUUGUUGUGCUCCUUUGUCAAAUGGAGAUGUAUUUCCCUCCUUUAUUUUUUGACAUAAUGGUACACUUAGUUGUUCAUCUGGUAAAGGAAAUACGGUGUUGUGGUCCUGUGUAUUUCAGAUGGAUGUAUCCAGUUGAGCGGUACAUGAAGGUCUUGAAAGGUUAUACCAAGAAUCAAUAUCGACCAGAGGCGUCAAUAGUUGAAAGAUACGUUGCCGAAGAAUGUAUUGAGUUUGCCUCACAGUACGUUGAGUCAUUGAAACUAGUGGGCCUUCCUUCAUCUCGUCAUGAUCAGCCAAAAGUAGGGAAGGGCACUCGUGGAUACAAUGUUGUGACAAUGACUAGACAUGAUGUGUCACAAGCUCAUUUGUAUAUUUUAAACAACACAGCAGAGGUGUUAUCGUACAUAGAGGCUCACAAAAAGCAUGUUAGAGAAACUCACCCCAAAAUGAACAUGAUGAGGGUGUUGCAAGAGCACAAUAAAACUUUCAUAACUUGGUUUAGACAAACAAUAUUUGCUGAUAAUAGUGUUUCUAGAAGACUAACAUUGUUAGCCAUUGGCCCAAAUCUAAAUGUCCCUACUUGGAAGGGAUAUGACAUUAACAAUUACUCCUUCUACACAAAGUCACAAGAUGAUAAAAGUUCCGUACAAAACAGUGGGGUCAGUGUUGAUGCCGAUUAG